AUGGGGGCCUGCAGCGAGGAGCAGCGCGGGGGGCCCUGGGGACACGGGACACGCCGUGAGCUGUGCAGGUUCAUUGUGCAGCUUCUCCCCUGGGAAAAGCUUCAGCUCUCGUGUGCUUUUUUUCCCCAGGUUGCUGCAGUGACAGAUUUUGGGGCAUUUAUCAAAAUCCCAGGCUGCAGGAAGCAAGGCCUUGUCCACAGGAGCCACAUGUCCUCCUGCCGUGUGGACAAACCCUCCGAGAUGGUCGAUGUCGGGGACAAAGUCUGGGUGAAGCUCAUUGGGAAGGAGGUGAAGGAUGAGAAGCUGAAGCUCUCCCUCUCCAUGAAGGUUGUUCACCAAGGCACGGGGAAGGACCUGGAUCCCAACAACGUUUCCCUUGAGCAGGAUGAGAGGAAGAGACGCACCUUCAGGGAUUACACCAGCCAGAAGAUCACCCUGGAGGCCGUCCUGAACACGGUGUGCAAGAAAUGUGGCUGCAAAGGUCAUUUUGCCAAGGAGUGCUUUGUGCAGCCUGGAGGAACCAAGUACAGCCUCAUUCCAGAGGAGGAGGAGGAAGAGGAGGGGGCAGCAGCAGCACGUGGAGGGGAUGGGAAGAUCAGCCAGGCUGAGGAAGCUGCAAAAAAGAGGAGAAAGGAGAAGAGGAAGAAGAAGAAGCACAAGGCCAAGCAAUCCUCGGGGUCGGACUCGGACAGCUCGGCCUCGGGCAGCGCCGGAGCCGAGCCCUCCAGCAAGAGACCCAAGCGCUCCGGGAAAGCCAGCAAGGCCAAGAAGAAGAAGAAGAAGAAGCACAAGAAGUAGCCCUGGGAUGAGCUGGGCAGGCUGGGCUGCUGCCACGGCCAUUC